UCCCUUUUUCUGAAAAUGGGUUGAUGUUUACUUUAAUGGGUUUCUUUAUAAUUGGGUUUAAUGGGUGUUUGGAGAUUCUCCAUUGUUGUAGGACUGUUCAUUUUGUUGUAGCUUUUGAUGGGAAGUGGAGAACAUUAGGGUUGGUGAAUUGACUUAGUUUAUGCCUUUUUCUUGUAGUUCAGAGGAUUUGUUUGACAAGUUUUGUUUGAAGAAGAAGAAGAAGAAGAAGCUUUUUGGAUGGAGAAAUCUUCUAUGGUGGUUUUUUCUGAGAUGGGAAUGGAGGAUAAUGGCUUUGUCAAUCAGUGGCACAAGAGCUCAAUGGAUGAUCUUGGUUUGCACCCAUUAGCAGCUGCUUUUGGGGAGAAUUUGCAGCAUUCUUAUGCUCAAACAAAUAUUGAUCAGAAGGCUUCUUUAAACCAUUCUCACAAUGCCAUACUUGGGUAUGUGAAACAGCUCAAGAGUGAUGGGUGGAGUUCAUACCAAACAACUAAUCAUUUACCGAACUCACAAGUUGUUGCUUAUCCGACUGUAUCUGUUUCGGCUUCUAACUACACGAACCAAAUGGACUUCACUAGGCCAAAAGAGGAGGUUGUGUGUCCUCAGAGUAUUAGCAACCUCCCUUCUGACAUGUUGAUUUCUCAGGGCUCAUUAGCCCAUCAAAGCCACACAACCAAGUCGAAUCGUGGAACAAGAAGUCCCUCUACAAACAGUAGAAUCCCCCAGGCUCAAGAUCAUAUUCUUGCAGAGCGGAGACGACGAGAGAAGCUCAGCCAGCGGUUCAUUGCUUUGUCUGCUAUAAUUCCUGGCCUAAAGAAGAUGGACAAGGCUUCAGUUCUUGGAGAUGCCAUUAAGUACCUGAAACAACUUCAGGAGAAAGUGAAGAUACUAGAGGAACAAACCCGCAGGAAAGACAUCGAAUCCGUGGUAUUUGUCAAGAAAUCCCAUGUUUUCGCUGAUGGAAAUGACACAUCAAAAGAAGAGGAUGAGCCACUUCCCGAAAUUGAAGCGAGAUUUUGCGACAAAAAUGUCCUUAUAAGAAUACACUGUGAAAAAAAGAAAGAUGUCAUAGAGAGAACAGUAGCUGAAAUUGAAAAAUUGCACCUUAUAAUAGUCAACAGCAGCGUUAUGUCAUUUGGGAGUCUCGCUUUCGACAUAACUAUUAUCGCACAGAUGGAUAAUGAAUUCUGUUUAACAUUAAAGGACCUAGUGAAGAAUUUGCAGUCAACUUUGCGCUUGUUUUAACGAGAAGAUAGAAGAAUGUAUUAAAUAAGAUCAGGAGCAGGAGCAGGAGCAGAGCAGGAGCAGCCCUUGUGCUACAACAAAAUAAAAACAACCAUGGACAAACCUUAUCCCUUUUUAAAGCCAUUAUGUUUACAGGUCUGUGAUGUUUCAACAAAUUAGGACCAACAACCCUUCGAGCAAACCAGUUGUGAGAUUCACAUUUCAGGGUGGGUUUUCUUUUAUCAUUUUUGCAUGUGAAAUCAUGUUCUGUUUGUCACCUACCUGUUUUUCAUAGCUUGUUUGGAGGGUUUUUUUUUUCUUUUUUCCUUUUUUUCCAUUGAAGAUGUUGCUCUUGAAGCAGCAAAAUCUGUGGUUUCUUCUUCUUGGAUGUAGAUGAAGAAGAGGGGAGGUUGGUUUUUUUUAGUUUGUUGGUCAGAACAGGUCUUUGUUGUUCAUCUUUUCUUUUCUUUUUUGUAUUUUUGUAUUUUUUUGACAGUUGAUUUCUUCUGUUUGGUGUUUUAGAGGGCAUUCAUGGAAAUGUAUGAGCCUCUUUUUUCAGUGAACUUUGGUUUGUAAUGCCUCUUGUUUGGAAGUGAUGAAAUAGUUCUAUAAACUUUGCUUCUUUCA